UCGGCGGCGGCGGUUGCGCGCCGGGCUCCGGGCGGGCUGGUGCGGGCGAGGGAUGGAGGUGAUCAGAAGCAAUUUUAAGGAUAACCUAAGCAAAGUGUACGAAGCUGUCGAAGAAGCGGACUUCCUGGCCAUUGAUGGGGAGUUCUCAGGGAUCAGCGAUGGGCCUUCUGUUAGUGCAUUAACCAAUGGCUUUGACACACCAGAAGAACGGUAUCAGAAACUUAAAAAGCAUUCCAUGGAUUUUUUGCUCUUUCAGUUUGGCCUUUGCACUUUUAAAUAUGACCACACAGAAGAGAAGUAUAUUAUGAAGUCAUUUAAUUUCUAUAUUUUUCCAAAACCCUUUAACAGAAGUUCACCGGAUGUCAAGUUUGUCUGUCAGAGUUCAAGCAUAGAUUUUUUAGCAAACCAAGGAUUUGAUUUUAAUAAAGUUUUUCGCAAUGGAAUUCCAUAUUUAAAUCAGGAAGAGGAAAGACAGUUAAGAGAACAGUAUGAUGAAAAGCGUUCUCAGGCCAAUGGUGCAGGAUCUCUCUCCUAUAUUUCUCCUAAUGCCACAAAGUGUCCUGUUGCAAUUCCUGAAGAUCAGAGAAAAUUCAUUGAUAAAAUAGUGGAACAAAUAGAAGAAUUUUUAAAGAAUGAAGAAAAUGAAAGUUUGGAACUGGAGCCAUGUACAGGGUUUCAGAGGAAACUAAUUUACCAGACCUUGAGCUGGAAGUAUCCAAAAGGUAUCCACGUUGAAACUCUAGAGUCAGAUAAGAAGGAGAGAUAUAUUGUUAUUAGUAAGGUAGAUGAAGAAGAACGAAAAAGAAGAGAACAGCAGAAACAAGCAAAGGAACAGGAAGAACUGAAUGAUGCAGUAGGAUUUUCCAGAGUUGUUCAUGCCAUUGCAAAUUCUGGCAAACUUGUUAUUGGGCACAACAUGCUGCUAGAUGUUAUGCAUACUAUACAUCAGUUCUAUUGUCCUCUACCUGAUGACCUAAGUGAAUUCAAGGAAGUAACGUCAUGUGUCUUUCCCCGGCUAUUGGAUACAAAACUGAUGGCAAGUACGCAGCCUUUUAAGGACAUCAUUAGUAAUACAUCCCUUGCAGAACUGGAAAAGCGUUUAAAAGAGGUUCCGUUCAGCCCUCCUAAAGUUGAAAGUGCAGAAGGAUUUCCAAGUUAUGACACAGCUUCUGAACAACUUCAUGAAGCGGGAUACGAUGCUUACAUUACUGGACUGUGCUUCAUCUCCAUGGCUAACUUUUUAGGUUCGUUUCUUAGUCCUCCAAAAAAUCAUGUGUCUGCUAGAUCAAAACUCAUCGAACCUUUUUUUAACAAGCUAUUUCUUAUGAGAGUAAUGGACAUACCAUAUCUGAAUUUGCAAGGACCAGACUUGCAGCCAAAACGAGAUCAUGUUCUUCACGUCACUUUUCCCAAAGAGUGGAAGACUAGUGACCUUUACCAGCUUUUUAGUGCCUUUGGUAACAUUCAGGUUUCAUGGAUUGAUGAUACGUCGGCGUUUGUAUCAUUGAGCCAGCCAGAACAAGUACAAAUAGCUGUGAACACCAGCAGAUAUGCUGAAAGUUACAGGAUCCAGACAUACGCAGAAUAUGUUGAAAAAAAACAUGAAGAAAAGCGAGCAAAGAGAAAAUGUACAGAAGAUAGUUGGAAGGAGAUGGAGAGAAAACGGUUGAAAACUCAAGGUGCACCUUACGUUUCCCAGAGUCGAUAUUACUGUGUUAACAGUUUUACAGGUACCAGUGUAGCGGGAAAGAGAAGUAUGAGUCCUAUUCAGGAAGAAACUGGUUCUGACAAUUUGGAAGAGGAAGGGGUUCCAGAAGAUGAGACCAACUGCUAUGCAGAGUCACCUCCAGAUGUUAAGAAGAGAGCCAAAAGGUUCAAAAAAAUCAAGAGAGAACAAGUUUCAGCAGGAAGCCUCACAAGUAAUUCCACUGAAAUUUUUGAAGUCCCUGAAACAUGGUAGGAAAUAACUGCCUUAACAAGUGGAAUUGAUGGAAAGCAGUUGUGAGAAUACACCUCCUGGAAGCCAUAAUUUAUUUAACUGAAGUGGUGUUAACAAAUCAGUAUGUGUCCUGAAAACCAGUUUAAUUAUUUUAAACUGUUUACUGAACAAUCACUGUCAAUUUUACUUCUGUGUAUAUUGACUAGUAUAUGAUCUUGUUGUUGAUUAAGUGAAAUCCUUGCUGUUGUUAAUUAUGUUAGAUUUAAGAAGCAAGACUAGAUGUAUUUCAGUCAUCCACUUUGGCAUGUUGGCUAUGAAAUGUACAAAAAGACCUGGCAGUCUAUGAUUUUGUGCUAGACUGUUUCCUGUGCUUGAGGGAAGUUACCACAAAUCUCCUAAUCUUUAGAUAUUUUUUCAGGCAACAUCAGAGUGCUCAGAACUCUUGAUACAGGUAGAACUGCAGUUUCACAUAUUGCUUUUUACCUGUUACUAUCCGGAAAUCAUUUUUUAGUUUUCCGUUCUUUACUUCACUCCCAGUGCAGCCAGCUUCAUCUGAAUACCAGCUUUACAGAUACCCUGUCUUUUCCAAAAAUAUAAUUUAUGUGCUCCUUAAAUAUGAAUUUCAUGGUGGGAGGUAGUUUUUUUCUUUCUUUUCACAUCUGCUGCUGUUUUCACCCCUACGUCCCUAUCUACUUCUUCCCUGCUUCUUCCCCAUCUUGUGGGGUUUUUGUUAAAAAUGUUUUUUGGUACCUGUGACAAACCUGCUAACUGUACCAGCCCUCUAUUUGUUUAAAAAAGAUCUGCAUUGGUAGAUUUCAGAAAAUGUUUGAUAUUUAACAUUUUUGUAUCAUGGAAAU